CGUCACUCACUGGCUCCACUUCAGGCUGUUCGCGCCCUCCACUUGUUGCCCUGAAGGUGGUCUCUCUUACUCAAGCGUUAUUCUGCGAGCAGGCUCAACCAAAGGAUGAUGCGAGCUCCACAGCUUCUCUCCGGUGCUUUAGCACUGCAUCUCUUCCUUUUCAUACAUUCUGUGCCAGUGCCUGAAAGAAAGAACACCAACAGGUACAAAGCGGGAUGGCUACAGAAGUCCCAGCACUACACCCUGAAAAAGAAGGGCAAGACAGCCCACCCGCAGGACACACUGAAGGGGACCACUUGGAUCAAGGGGGGUGCUGCGAUGGCAUACCCGCAAAAGAACAGCACCGAGUUCUGGAACCGCCCCCGCUGCGGCGUCCCGGACUACCCUGCCAAUAAGAAGGCCGUGUACGGCAAACGACUGCGGCAGAAACGAUUUGUGCUGUUCGGUGGCCGCUGGGAGAAGAUGGAUCUCACCUAUAAGAUCGAACGCUUCCCCUGGCAGAUGAGCGAGGACAAGGUCCGUCGUGUCAUGAUGGAGGCCCUUCGGGUGUGGAGCGAAAUCACCCCGCUCACUUUCACCGAGAUCAGGAGUGGGAAAGCUGACAUACUCAUUGACUUCACAAGGUACUGGCACGGGGACAACUUGCCCUUUGAUGGCCCGGGGGGAAUUCUGGCUCAUGCUUUCUUUCCAAGGACACACCGGGCCGGAGACAUCCAUUUUGACUACGAUGAAGCCUGGACUGUGGGCAACAACAUGGGUACGGACCUUCUCCAGGUGGCAGCCCAUGAGUUUGGUCAUGUUCUGGGCUUGCAACACUCAUUGGUCCCUGGCGCAGUGAUGUCCCCCUUCUACAGCUUUUCCUACCCACUGGAGCUAAGUGAAGAUGACAAGCAGGGCAUCCAGUACCUGUAUGGCCCACGGAAGCCCUCUGUGCCUAUCAGCACUGAGACCAAUGAGAUCCCUAUUCCCAUGCCCAAUGCCUGCCAUACAGACUUUGAUGCAGUCUCCAUGAUCCGAGGGGAGCUUUUCUUCUUCAAGUCGCGCUAUGUGUGGCGCAUCCGGGACGGACAGCUGCAGGACGGUUACCCAGCCCUCGCGUCCCGCCACUGGAGGGGCAUUCCCGACAGCAUUGACGCCGCCUUUGAAGACAAAUCUGGGAAUAUCUGGUUCUUUCAAGGCCACAACUACUGGGUGUUUGACGCGGAGAAGCAGAUCACAGGGCCAGAUUCAGUGCAGAGCCUGGGUCUACCUGUCUCCAACAUCCAAGCUGCACUCAUGUGGGGUGAGGACAAGAGCCAGAAGAUCUAUCUCUUCAAGUCCGGGAGCUACUGGCGUUUCAACCCCCAGGAUAACAAGGUGGACACGGUGUACCCCCGAAACAUGCAAGACUGGAGGGGCAUCCCCAACAACAUUGAUGGUGCCUUCCAGGACCAAUAUGGCUUUGCCCACUUCCUCAGCGGAAAGCAGUAUUGGAAGUUUGACCCUGUGGGAGUAAAGGCACUGGAUGGAUAUCCACGCUAUGUUGGAAUGGAUUUUUUCAAUUAUGUAAUCCCAGGAAACGUUAUUGAAAGCAUAAACAAAAAUAAAACUAAAAGGAUCACCAUGGCCCACAGUUUCACCCAAGAAUAUCUACAGAUUCCUGCCGUCACCAGAGCGUAUACAACAGCCUGUGUUGUCACCACUGCCGCGGUGCAGCUGGAGUUAAUCACCCCUUUUCAGUUGUAUUUCAAUCCUGACCUGAUUAUAAAGAGAUACCAGAUAUGGCGCCUGGUAACCAACUUCCUCUUUUUCGGCCCGCUUGGAUUCAGUUUUAUGUUCAACAUGAUUUUUCUAUAUCGAUACUGCCGCAUGCUAGAGGAGGGGUCUUUCCGGGGUCGGACAGCGGACUUCGUCUUCAUGUUUCUGUUUGGGGGGGUGCUCAUGACUCUCUUCGGCCUUUUUGCCAAUUUGUUUUUCCUGGGUCAGGCAUUUACAAUCAUGCUGGUGUAUAUUUGGAGCCGGCGAAACCCCUAUGUCCGUAUGAACUUUUUUGGCCUGCUCAAUUUCCAGGCACCCUUCCUGCCCUGGGUGCUCAUGGGAUUCUCCUUAUUGCUUGGCAACUCCAUUGUUAUUGACCUCUUGGGCAUCGGUGUGGGGCACAUGUACUUCUUUUUAGAAGAUAUCUUCCCAAACCAGCCAGGAGGGCGGAAGCUGCUGAUGACUCCAGGUGUUUUGAGAGCCCUCUUUGACACCCCGGAGGAAGACCCAGCUUACUCACCGCUCCCUGAGGAUCAGGCAGGAGAGUCCUGGCAGGGGGCAAGGGAUGAAGAGGAGCACCACCAGGAUCAGGACGAGAGACGCGACCACCAUCAUGAACCCCAGGACCCGGACGCCCACCACCGAUAGGAUGCUGGUGGCCCAGAAGGUUCUGGGGAGUGUGGACUGUUUGCUUCAUCAUUGCACAUUGUGAGUGGCUUUGAGUGGAUGGGGCACCCACUCCACAGCCCAACCACGACUGGCCACGGUCUUGAAGAAAUCCCCACAGCACUGCUGUCAAAUUAGUUUUUAUCGAGGCGGACAUUUCCCAUAUAUGAAAUGGUAUGACUAAUGGUAUAAUACAUUGUCCAGGGGACAAACAUGGUUUUCCAUUUCUUUGUAGGCUUAUUUUUGUUGCUGUAACAUGGGUGUCUUCUAAAUGCUUUUAUUAUAUCACAAAUCUACAUUUGAUGGCUGGCCAUUAACUCUUUUUUUUGUGUGUGUGCACGCACCUGUUUCCAACUGCUGCCACAUCAGUAGUUCAAAACAUAUGCACUGUGUUUUCAUUGUUUUAUUUCCAGAUUGGGAGAUUGCCUUUCUAAAUGAUCACUUAAUGAAAUAAAUUGAGCAGUUGGUAACAUAGUUGAAACCCAGCAUCAGAGCACUUCAAUGAGUGUGCAAUUGGGAUGGCAAACUAGUGAUAUUAUAGAAACCAUACAUGACACUGGAUACUGCACAUCCCCUUGGCUGACAGACUUGAUCUGUUUGGUUGUAGUUUCCCAACCCUUGUGUUGAAGGCUGAGAAAUCAGCUGUCAGGCUGGAUUCCCUUCCAGCUGGGCUGUCAGUACAACUGUCAGUUUCAUUGAGCUGUUACCUCAAUCCUGGGGACUCCCUGUGUAUGCUGGUUUCUGUUCCCACUGCAGUUGCAAUUUCUUAAUUAGGCAAAAUGUUGAACAACUUAAAUAGCCUAUUGAUUCACCUAAUUUGCCAUACAUAUCUAUUUUGACAUAAUGACUCAAGGUUAAUUCUUCAAAACAUGAAAAAUGCCUCUUUACAGCUUGCUGAAACCAGGAUCUGGAGUUCAUUAUGGGCUUUUCCCCCUGCUGGUAAUUUCUAAUAAACACAGCAGAACAGCUAGAAAGUGUGAUCUUUGAAGUUGCAGCUGAAGUAUGGCAAAAAUCUAUCGGAUUGAAUACAGAGAUGUACUCAGCUCAAUCAAUUCUAAUGAAGAGAUAGGAUGAAUAUAACCAGCAUGCAACAGUGUGCCCCAGUACUGGAGUGGAGGAUGACUUGUAUACCGUGUUGCUGCCUAGACUCAUUCAUAAAUGUGCCGACUGCCUGAAAUUCUGUUCCCAGGAGAAAAUGCGGCGUCAGCACUCCACCCUUGCUGUCUUUGUAGCCAAAGCAUCGUUACCAAAAUAGAAAGCGCUUACCAUGCCAGUGACAAAGGGGGACAAAACGACACGAUGAAAGAGUAGAAGAAAGCCUGGGACACGCAGAUAAAAAGUUCUGCAGCUUCAGUGUGCAAAAAAAAUAAAAAUUACCUGCCACCACCACAAAUGAGUCAAAGUUGACACUUUGGUUUCGCUGGUUACUUUCUUGAACUAGUCAAUUAUACUUUGAAAUCUGCUAAACAAAUUUAGCAAUAUUAAAUGUGUUGUAUACUUCAUUGAUAUUUGGCCUUAUAGAAAGUUUUCUUGUUUUUGUUUUAAAUACUUUUAAAAUGCA